UAGAAUUAUAAUGCCUAGAUCUUGAGGACCUAGAUCCACCUGACAAGUGACCUCAAAGAGAAAAAGGAAGUAACUGUAGGGCCCAUAGUAUAAACUUUAAAAUAGCACAAAUUUAUAAACCAGUUAACAGCAUAUCCUUAGUAUUCAUUUUCUGGUUUUGGGAUUAAGAGAUCAACCAGGAAGGAUUUUUCGAGCACAUAUUUACGUCAGCGGUCAGCAGCGUCCGAUCAAGAGGCCAUAGAAAAAAAAUGUAUUGCUCAACCUCUGCCGGCACACGUACAGCGUAGAACAGUAGUCAGUGCCCCGUGCAAGUACUCACAAAAAUGAAAGACAGAAUGUCAUUGCUUUACGCUCACUUUAAUCUCAUUUAAAGCCAUUAAUAUAGCACCAACCAAUCAGUUAACAGCAAUCAAUUAGCAAUAACUUAACUGACCUUUGGGUCAGAAGAGUAACUAGUAAUUCUAAGGCACAGUUUAUAAACCUCUGGUUAAGGCUCAACCUAGUAUUUAACACGGUUAAACCUUAAUGGAUUUUACAGUAUAGUUCAUGUAAUCAACGAGGAAAAUCUUGACCCUCAGGUAGCUAAAUAACAAAAUUGUCAAUAGGGAUUAUUAAGUAAAAAUAUGUAAAAAUACGCCAGUUUGACCUUGCUUGUCAGGUGCUUUUGGUCCUGACCGUUAGUCGAUACCAUAUAAACACUCCCUACCUCCCAUAUCCCCACAAGAAUGAAGAAUACUGCAGAAUAAAGAAAGAUUUCCAACAAAAACAAAUGGCUCAGCUAAAACUUUUUAUGGGGCAUCAUUACGUGGGCCCAUGGUUAUUUUUCCCAGCCACUUAACCGAAAAGUUGGGCCAACAAGCCAUGUAAUAGCGCAAUCACAGGUAAUCGCAGGAGUAUAAAUGGUAAAGGACACCUAGGGUCGUCCCAAAAGUGAGCUGGAUCAUGGCAAUGAAGGAGGAACCCCAACUGGACACCCAUGGUGCUGUAUAUUACCACUGGCGCGUUUGGGAGCUCACUGGCCUGAUGUGUCCACCGGGGAUUUCCCGCUUAGCUUACCGCGUGUACGCCGUAGCGAUCAAUUUGGUAGUAACCUUCCUUUUUCCCUGUAGCCUGUUGGCCAGGCUGUUGUUCACCACCAACAUGGCCGGAAUGUGCGAGAACCUGACCAUUACGAUCACAGAUAUUGUGGCCAAUUUAAAGUUUGCUAAUGUAUAUUUGGUGAAGUCACAUCUAUACGAGAUUCGCUCGCUCCUGAGGCUCAUGGAUGCUCGGGCCAGGCGAAUAGGAGAUCCCGGAGAGCUGCGAGCUUUAAGAAGGGAAGUGGACAUCGCCCGAGGCAGCUUUCGCGUCUUUGCCCGGAUCUUUGUGUUUGGCACCGCUUUAAGUUGCUUCCGGUUGGUCAUUCGUCCGGAUCGGGAACUCCUGUAUCCGGCCUGGUUCGGUGUGGAGUGGAUGCACUCCACCAGGAACUAUGUGUUCAUCAAUCUGUACCAGCUCUUCGGACUGGUUGUGCAGGCCGUCCAGAACUGUGCCAGUGACUCCUAUCCGCCUGCGUUUCUCUGCCUACUCACGGGUCACAUGCGUGCCUUGGAGCUGAGGGUGCGUAGGAUUGGCUUUAGGGCGGAGGAUCUGACGGGCGAUGACGAUUCCUGGCGGGAGGAGGUCUACGAGGAGCUGAUCGAGUGCAUCCGUGACCUGAUGCGGGUCCAUCAGCUGAGGAAGAUUAUCCAGCGCAUUCUUUCGGUGCCCUGCAUGGCCCAGUUCGCCUGCUCCGCCGCUGUCCAGUGCACCGUGGCCAUGCAUUUCCUUUACAUGGCGGAUGACAACGACCUGACCGCCAUGAUCAUCUCGAUUGUCUUCUUCACGGCCGUGACUUUGGAGGUGUUUGUCAUCUGCUUUUUUGGGGAGAGGAUGAGGACGCAGAACGAGGCGCUGUGUGAUGCCUUCUACGCAUGCAACUGGGUGGACCAGCUGCCCAAGUUCAAGCGCGAGUUGAUCUUUACAAUCGCCAGAACCCAAAGACCUUCACUCAUCUUUGCAGGCAACUAUAUACCUCUCUCGAUGGAGACCUUCGAGCAGGUCAUUAGGUUUACCUACUCCGCAUUCACUUUGUUGCUCCGGGCCAAAUAAGAUGGAUAAGUUCCAAGCUUUUACAUGUAUGUAGGGGUUUUCGGACCCUUUAAAAAUUAUAUUAUUUUUGACAGUUAAUGAAAGUUAAAAGUAGAACUAACGUUCUUUAAAUAUAUUAGAAGCGUAGAAUUGAUAAUAACGUUUGAAUUGAACAACGUUCUUUAAAGAAUUCUAUAUACUUAUUGCAGUGUUGAAAAAGUUAAACAAGUUAAAGGCACAUUAAAAAUGUCAAAAUGGUGUUUUA